AUGAUUCUCGAAACGACGGAACCGAGGGAAGCGGAGCAUUCCUGGCUCGCACGAAGCUGGAGAAGCUUUAGUAAAUUGGAACAAUUGAAGGAACUUCUUCUAGAUCAAACUUUGAUAAGAGAAAUUCCUUCCUUCAUCGGUUCUCUCACGAAGCUGGAGAAGCUUAGUGCUAGAUAUUGCGCAUCAUUGGUUGGACUUCCGGACUCGAUAGGCGGCUUGGUGAAUUUGUCGACCCUUGUCUUGUCAGGCUGUGUUGAGAUUGCAGCACUUCCAGACAGCAUCGGGUCCCUCGUGAACUUGCGGUGCUUGUCACUGAGACGCUGCCACCGUUUGAGAUGGAUCCCCAACUCAAUUGGGAAGUUGAAAUUGUUGACUCAACUCGACUUGAUAGGAUGUCCGUGUCUUGAGGAGCUGCUGCCUCAAAUGGGUAAACUAGAACAAUUGAAGAAGCUUCCUCCACAUCAAACUAUGAUGCAAGGUAUUCUUUCCUCCACCGGUCCUCUAAAGAAGCCAGAGAUGCUUAGUGCCAAGGAUCGCAAAUCAUUUCUUAUCCUGUUGACUCAACUGAACUUGACUGGAUGUUUGCGUCUUGUGGAGCUGCCGCGUCUCGGUGAACUAGAACAACUGGAGCAAUUUCUUCCAGAUCGAACCGUCACAUGUUCGCGUCUUGAGGAGCUGCCGCUUCAAAUGGGUGAACUAAAACACAUGGAGAGACUUCGUCUAGAUAAAACUAUGAUACGAAGUAUUCCUUUGUCCAUCGGUUCUCUAACGAAGCUAAAGACGCUAAGUUCCAUGGAUUGCGAAUUAUUGGUUGGACUUCCGGACUCAAUAGGCGGUUUGGAGAGCUUGUUGACCCUUGACUUAUCAGGCUGUGUUAAGCUUGCGGCACUUCCAGACAGCAUCGGGCUCCUUGUGACUCUGCAGUUCUUGUCAUUGGGACGCUGCUACCGAUUGAGAGAGAUCCCCAACUCAAUUGGGAAGUUGGAAUUGAUGAUUCAACUGGACUUGUCAUGGACGACAAUCAUGGAAUUACCAGAAUCUAUAGGGGAUUUGCAAAAUUUGGAAGUUCUGGAUAUUACUCACAGUAGCAUAAAAGAGAUACCAGAUGGUAUUGGAAGGUUGAAGGAGCUAAAGGUGCUUAAAGAAUUGUAA